GAAAACUAAAAUUCGAUACACCUUUUCGGCCGCCAGCGAACCUAUUAGCACACCGCUCUGAGCUCAAUUGAGUCCAUGAGACGCGAUCUCGCCGGCGAUGGCGUCGUCAUCCUCCCGCGUCCGAUCAUGGCGAACGGCGUUUCUUACUCUAAGAGACGAAACCCUAACCUCACCCUCUCCCUCCGCUGUCACCUCUCUCAUUCGCGAUCUCAUCCUCUCUCAGUCCGCUGAAGACCUAGCCGCCGCGUCCAUUGAGUUGCCCUCUCACGAGGUUACCUCGGAUGUGAUUCUGUUGGCGGAACUGGCUCCGGCGAUUUCUGAAUGCGAGGACGCUGGUCAAUCGUUGUUUUGUGUUUUUCAUUUGAUUCAUGAGGUUAGUUGCAAAGUUCGUAUGGGAGUCGACUCAUCCUCUUGGACCAUCAUGCUAAACUUUCUUAGAAAGAUGCUAGAGUGCAAUGCUACAGCAAGGAACGCUGACAGAAUGAAAGCUAUAUCUGAAAUUUUAGAAAUUGUCAGGUUUUUCGACAAGGCUUACAGAAGAAACAGCUCGUUGUCAGAGUGCCUGGAGUUAGCUGAAAUAGUUGUCUCUGUUGUUUCAUGCCUGAAUUCUGAAUUACUUACCUUGUACUAUCCACAUGAAAACAACUGGAGUGGCGCAAACACUGGGACCCGAAAACCCAAAUACAACAACAAUCUAUGGGAGAUGCAAACUAUUGCAUUCUCUAUGAUUGGUGAUGCCUUAUCGAGAAUUGGGUCUUCUAUUUCAGAGAAUUUGUGGCAGUCUCUGGUGGAGGUUCUGAGAAAAGUAAUGGAUUUCGUAGCAUCAAGAAACUUGCUUAUCGUGGACAAUGUCAUGUCAAGGUUUUACACUACGCUUCUUCAUUGUCUACAUUUGGUGCUAACUCAUCCAAAAGGUUCCCUUUCAGGACAAGUUACAGGUUUUGGGGCAACAUUGCAAAUGUUUUUCACAUAUGGUCUCUCUAGUCGAUCUUCUUUAAUACCUGUAAGUGCCGACCCAAAAGACAAGAGUUUGAAUUCCCCAAACCAGAAGCCAUUACUUGAUUCCAGGAAAGGCGGAAGUUACGUGCCUCCACAUCUUCGAAGGAGAGAGAGGACUAACAGGCAUCAUUCAGAUGCUCAGAGUUCUUCAGAUUGUGAUCGUUCACAAUAUGUUUUAUCUUCAUCAGAUUCAGAUCUCAGUGAUAAUGAUAGUUAUGCUACAAAUGGAGAUCGGUUUAGGAGUUCAAAAGCUAGGGUGGCUGCCAUUGUUUGCGUACAAGAUCUCUGUCGUGCUGAACCAAAGUCACUCACCUCUCUCUGGACACUUCUUUUGCCUGAGAAUGAUGUAUUGCAGCCAAGAAAAUAUCAAGCAACUCUUAUGACUUGUUUGCUUUUUGAUCCUGUGAUGAAGAUACGGCUGGCAUCUGCUUCAACUUUAGCCUCAAUGUUGGAUGGACAUUCAUCAACCUUUCUACAAUUAGCUGAAUAUAAAGGGUCUACUAAAUGUGGAUCAUUUACCACACUUUCCACCUCCCUUGGUCAAAUUCUAAUGCAAUUGCACACAGGUAUAAUAUACUUGAUACAACAGGAAACACAUGCUGAGUUGCUGACAAUGUUGUUCAAAGUCCUUAUGCUUCUGAUAUCUGCUACACCAUAUGCUCGAAUGCCUGGAAACUUAUUGCACACUUUGAUUGCACCUUUGUGCAAUAGAAUAAGGGAGGGCCUUGCAUGUAACAUCGAGGACAAUGGCCUUCUGGAAACUGCUCUUAGUUGCCUGGGGGCAGCACUUUCUGUAUCACCUCCAUCGUCAUAUGUCUUAAAAAUGCUGGAAGAAGAUAUGUCAAGAGGUCUUCUUCAUAAUCAACAAGAAUCAGGCAUAUUUGCUCAGUUAAUUCAAUUUUUGGAUGAAGCUAGGCACCUGACUGUGAGAUUUGAGGCUCUCCAGGUCCUGAGGGCAGUAUUUCACAACUAUCCAGCCACAGUAGCCCUAGUAUGGGAAAACAUUUCAGCUGCAGUUUAUAGAUCAUUGAAGCUACCUUCCUCUUAUGAUUCUAGCUAUGAACUUCAUUCAGGGCCAUGGAAAGGAGAAACUGGAAAAACUGUAGGAUCUACUUAUGAAAAAUGCGUUAUGGCUUCUGUUAAGGCUUUGGAUGAGUGUCUUCGCGCAUCUUCUGGAUUUAAGGGAGCAGAUGACCUCCUUGAAUUUAGGUUGGCAGAUUCUCAACUUAUUGCUGAUUGCACCAGACCAAAAAAGAUUUCAUCUGCUCCUUCAUAUGAACUUGGAGAGGCUUCAAGUGGCCAUUUAGCAGACUAUUCCUCUGGGAGGGAGCAUUGGAUUGAGGUCAUUGAAAAACAUCUGCCUCUGGGCCUCUCACACAGGUCUCCUAUGGUGAGGGCAGCUGUGGUCACUUGUUUUGCCGGAAUGACUUCAGCAGUUUUCUUUUCCCUGAGUCAGGACGAACAAGACCUCGUGUUAUCUUGUACUGUAAAUGUAGCACUGAAUGAUGGUGUCUCAUCAGUUAGAUCAGCUGCUUGUCGAGCCAUUGGUGUUAUUGCAUGUUUCUCAGAAAUUCUUCUCCGUGCAAGGGUGCUUAAAGAGUUUAUUCAUGCAGUGCAAUAUAACAGCCAUGAUUCUUCAGUUGCAGUGCGAAUAACUGCUUGUUGGGCUUUGGCUAAUAUAUGUGAUUCUCUUCGCAGUCAAGCAACCGAUUUACGGCUGGAAAGAUCUGAAGGGGAUGUAUGUGAUGCCAAGUCCAUUUCUCUUUUGUUCGAGACUGCUCUAUGGUUGAUAAAGGAUGGUGACAAGAUAAAAGCAAAUGCUGUGAGGGCUCUCGGGAACCUUUCGAGAUUUAUCAAAUUCACUUGUUAUUCUACUUCGAGCAACGGGUUAAGUGGCUGUUUGGAUUCUCAUGAUUCUGCUAAGGGUACUGAGUUUUCCCAGAUCAAUGCCAGUAAAACAAGUGGUCCUUCUACAUAUAAAAGCACCAUCUCAAAAUCUACCUUAUGUGUGGAGUCCAGUUGGCUCGAGAGAAUCAUACAGGCCUUUGUUUCAUGUGUGACAACGGGUAAUGUGAAGGUUCAAUGGAAUGUUUGUCAUGCAUUAAGCAAUUUAUUCAUGAAUGAUGCAAUAAAGCUGCAUAAUAUGCCUUGGACACCUUCAGUUUACAGCAUUCUUCUGUUGCUACUUCGUGAUGCCGCUAAUUAUAAAAUCCGCAUACAUGCUGCUGUUGCGUUGGCCGUGCCAGCAUCAAGACUUGAUUAUGGAAAUUCAUUUAUUGAUAUUGUUCAAGGUCUAGUGCAUGUACUUGAAUCAAUAAGUUCAGCCCAGGCCAUAUCGCCAUCAAGUUUUAAAUACAAGGACAGCCUUGAACAGCAGGUUAUGUUGACCACAUCACAUGUCCUUGGCUUAGCUUCAUCUGACGAUGACCAAAUUCUUAAAGAUUUUCUUAUUAAGAAAGCAUCCUUUAUGCAGCACAGUGGCCCUCCCUCAACAAGCAAGACUGUACCUAUUGAGAACCCAAAUGACGGCACAAUGGAUAAUUUGCCUAAGAACUUGAUAUUGUUGAAGGUAUCCGGAGCAGUAAAAUCCCUGAUUGAUAUCUACGAGAGGAGCAAUAAUCAGAAUCUUGCUCGACGGCUUGAGAAACUAGCCAGCAAUUUCUCGUGAUCUCUUCAUUGUCAUCUGGCAAACCUCUUUAUGUGAAUCUGGCGCAAUGCAGAGACUCAGUCCACGGAGUCCCUUAUAUUUUCAGGCUUAAAAGAGUACACGAUGUAUCUAUUGGUCAUCAAGAUGGCUGGCUAGGUUACGGAACGCUAUCAGGAUGCCGGAAACCCGAAGAAGUCUACUAUUGGGCUAAUGAUUAUUGAUAACAACUUAGUCUUAUAUGAAUCUUUCAUGCAGUAAUUAUAUUCUACCAUCGUCAAGGUGCACACGAAAAUGGUUCACUUCAUAGGUGAUGAUCUUCGGCUCAUAUGCGUAGGUGCUACUACUUCAAUAGUGGAGUAAUUUAUCCUUCUGCUUCAAUGCAUGUAGCAUUACUGGUCAAAAUGACGGAAAAACCAUGGACUGUAAUUAUUGAUUUAUUGCUUUCAACAUUAUUCUUUGUAAUUUUUUUAUCCUAUUUUUACUACUUUCACAAGCUUAAGAUUAUUUUCCCUUUUUCUUACA